AUGUCAGACAAAAUUAAGCUGGAUUCAUCAUUAUUUUAUAUUGAUAAUGACCCACCAACAGUUGAAAACACCCAAAAAGCCAGCAUAACUGACGAUUUUUCCAGAAAUACAAGGUACUUCGACGACCCAGACCCCUGCAUCAAAUGUUUCCGAUGCUCUCAAUUUGGGCACAUGUCUUUUAAGUGCCCAAAUGAAGCAAAGCGGCCACCGUGCAUUUUUUGUACAAAAUCUACACAUCAGUUUUCUCAAUGUGAACAAAUGAUUUGCUACAAGUGCCAAGGAGUUGGGCAUUUCUCUAGAGACUGCCGAACCAAAUUCAAUAAGGUCUGCAACAAUUGUGGAAGGGAAGGACACUCAGUGUCUUUUUGUUUAACAAAACCUGAGCCUAUCAGAGAAAAAGACGAAAAAAAAUACCAGUGUAUAUAUUGCAACGAAAAAGGUCACAUAAAUUGCUACACAAUAGAAAAAGCCAAAAAAGCCAUCAGCAGUUUCAGCUGCAAUAAAUGCGGAUCAAAAGGCCAUAACGCCAAAUUAUGCCCUGGGGUAGGAAAAUCUCCUGAGAAGCGUGACUUAUUUAAGCAGCAUGUAAAAGAAGCUAAGCAAGAAAUCCCAGAGACACACAAAGGAAUGAACAGAAAAGAAAAACACUACUGAAAAAAAGUGGAGCAAAAAGCGUUUAAAAUGCUGCUUAAAAGAGCCAAAUGCAAAAAGCGUAAUAAAACUAAAAAAAGCAGUUAA